UCGUUAGCCGGAACCUUUGAAGGGGACGAUAUUUGCAGACGGACACAUUUUCAAAGAUGGCGGACGUACCAGAUAAUGCUCCAGAACAUUGUCCCGGGACAACCAGCGAUCAGGCCGGAAAGUCUUCGUCCUGCCAGGGUUGUCCCAACCAGCAGAUCUGUGCCUCCGGAGCCACGAAGGCUCCCGACCCGGCAAUCGCAGAAAUAGGAGCUAAACUGUCGACAGUCAAACACAAGAUCCUCGUUCUGUCUGGAAAAGGAGGCGUCGGUAAGAGCACGUUCAGCUCUCACCUGGCCCACGCGCUGGCGAGUGACACCACGAAAGAGGUGGCUCUGCUGGAUGUCGAUAUCUGUGGUCCGUCGAUUCCACGGAUCAUGGGCUUAGAGGGAGAACAAGUUCAUCAGAGCGGCUCAGGAUGGUCUCCUGUGUACGUGGAGGACAACCUGGCCGUCAUGUCCAUCGGGUUCCUGCUGGGGAGCCCUGACGACGCCGUGAUCUGGAGGGGCCCGAAGAAGAACGGGAUGAUCAAGCAGUUUCUGAGGGACGUGGACUGGGGGGAGCUGGACUACCUCAUCGUGGACACGCCCCCCGGGACCUCUGACGAGCACCUGUCAAUCAUCCAGUACCUGAGCGCCACUCACGUGGACGGAGCCGUCAUCAUCACCACACCACAGGAGGUGUCUCUGCAGGACGUGAGGAAGGAGAUCCGGUUCUGCCAGAAGGUGAAGCUGCCGAUCAUCGGCGUGGUGGAGAACAUGAGCGGCUUCGUGUGUCCUCACUGCAAGAACACGUCGCAGAUCUUCCCUCCCACCAGCGGGGGCGCCGAGCAGAUGUGCGCGGACCUGAACCUGCCCCUGCUGGGGAAGGUGCCUCUGGACCCGCGGAUCGCGCGGAGCUGCGACGAGGGCAAGUCGUUCCUCAGCGAAGUGCCCGAGUCUCCGGCGGCCGAGGUCUUCGGGAGGAUGGUGCAGAGUAUCCAGGAAUACUGCUCCAACAGGAGGACGGAGGAGAGGAGCAGCUCCUCAUCCAUCUGACCAUCAGCAUCAGCAUCAGCAUCACACCUUCACUUCAUGAUGAAUUACAUGUAAAUUACUUACUGCUUUAUAUAAUAAAAAUAUUA